GAGACCUGAGGGCAGGAGGCCAGGUUAUAGGAGUUUGGUCUCACCCCCUCUACAAAAAAAAACCGAUCCAUUCUCUCGUACCCCCACCCUCACACGGGCGACAAGUUGCACGCUGUUUUCCUUUCUUCCUCCUUCUCUCUCUCCCUUUUUUAUUUUUAAAGAAAAUAGCUGUUCAGCAGAAGGGGCCCAGCUGCGGCGGUCUCCGGCCGCCCAGCGCGCUCAGCAUGGCACCGCCGGUCCUCAGAACCCCUUCCCAGGGAAGGUGUGGGCCGCCGGGCGCAUUCAGAAACUACCCAGACGCCAGCGAGGGGCUUCGAGCGGGGCCUCCCGAUGCAACAGCGGGCAUCUGGCGAGGCGGCUAAAGACUCCCGCCUUGGUCCCGUGCUCUCGAAAUCACGUUUUCACCCAGACCCCAGACGCGAUGUGGUCGCCGCCACCGGUUUCCCUACAACUAGGCCGCUUAGCACCAGCCAAGCUCCGCCUCUGAGGUCCCUGUCCUUCUCUGCUAUUCCCCAGGCUGGGCUAAGGAUAAGAAGGAGGUCAGGAAACAGAUUCCAAACUUCUAAAAGACACAGGAGAAGCGAAAGUUUUUCCUUCGAACCCACAGGCCGGCCCUGUCUGCUGGGCCUGAGCGCAGUGGAAGGGCCCCUGCAGCCCCUUAGGAACCAGGAGAGAACGAGGGGGUGCGGGAAGUGGUUGGAAACCUCCGUGUCAAUCACUGUUUUUCACACAUAUCUUCCAACCCUCUCCCCCAUUUCCGCCCCCAACUCGGAUAUUUGCAAAACGCGAGUAAGGGAAAAGCAACUCAACGAUCCUCUCAGCUAGAGUUAAAAAUAAUAAGGACAGGGAGAAGAAUGCAAAUAAAGAGAAGUCACUACACUCCCAAGAAAGCGAGGAAAGGCUCAACCGGGUCCUUCCUGCGAAGAUUCAACCUUGCGGGUGACUCUAGGCCAGGUUUCUUUCUCUCCCGGCGUUUGCGCGGAGCCAGCAGGGAGGCAGCCUUCGCCGCCAUGGCGGUCUGCGGCCCGCGCUCCCGACGAUUGCCGGGAGGUGGCGCGCUCUGCUCAGAGGCCGCCGCCAACCUUCUCCCCGUUUCUCCCCCUUCUUUUUCCCCCUCUCUCGGAGGCUCGCAUUGAAUCGGCCCUAACGAUUCUCGGAUCGUCAUUAUUUGUAACCAUAGAGCAUGAAUUACCUCUUGAGGUCAUCAGCGAGAAUUUACGACUGGUCAACAAAAGCACGUGAUUCCCUAACGCCCCCCCAUCCCCCUUUCAACCCCCCCCCCCAUAUUUGGCCGCAUACAUAGCAAAACGAAGUACAGUGCAUCGCUAUAAUUCAUUAAUACAUCAUAAAUCGUGAAGCACAGGGUUAUAACGACCACGAUCCACAAAUCAAGCCCUCCAAAAUCACCCAAAUGAGCUCGUACUUUGUAAACUCCUUCUCGGGGCGUUAUCCAAAUGGCCCGGACUAUCAGUUGCUAAAUUAUGGCAGUGGCAGCUCUCUGAGCGGCUCUUACAGGGAUCCCGCUGCCAUGCACACCGGCUCUUACGGCUACAAUUACAAUGGGAUGGACCUCAGCGUCAACCGCUCCUCGGCCUCCUCCAGCCACUUUGGGGCGGUGGGCGAGAGCUCGCGCGCCUUCCCCGCGCCCGCCCAGGAGCCCCGCUUCAGGCCAGCGGCGUCGAGCUGCUCCCUGUCCUCGCCUGAGUCCCUGCCCUGCACCAACGGCGACAGCCACGGCGCCAAGCCCUCUGCCUCGUCCCCCUCCGACCAGGCGACCCCGGCCAGCUCCAGCGCCAAUUUCACCGAAAUAGACGAGGCCAGCGCGUCCUCGGAGCCCGAGGAAGCGGCGAGCCAGCUAAACAGCCCGAGCCUGGCUCGGGCGCAGCCAGAGCCCAUGGCCACCUCCACAGCCGCGCCCGAGGGGCAGACUCCGCAGAUAUUCCCCUGGAUGAGGAAGCUUCACAUCAGCCAUGAUAUGACCGGGCCAGACGGAAAAAGGGCCCGGACCGCCUAUACCCGCUACCAGACCCUGGAGCUGGAGAAGGAGUUCCACUUCAACCGCUACCUGACGCGGCGGCGGCGCAUCGAGAUCGCCCACGCGCUCUGCCUGUCCGAGCGCCAGAUCAAGAUCUGGUUCCAGAACCGGCGCAUGAAGUGGAAGAAAGAUAACAAACUGAAAAGUAUGAGCCUGGCUACAGCCGGCAGCGCCUUCCAGCCCUGAGCCCUCCGGGAGGAGCCCUGGGCGGCCCAACUGCCCUCGCCGCCCCCAGCCCCAGCCCCUCAGAGCCUCCCCGUGCUGCCGCCGCCCGCUGGGGACUGGUUCCCUCGAGCCUGCCUCGCCCCGGCCUUGUGUUACGAUUUUUCGUUUGGUCUUAGAUCUUCCUGUGGCACUCUCUCUCCUGGACUGGUUAAUCUUGUUAUUAUUGUUAAUAAUAAUGAUAAUUAUUAUUUCCCCCCCACGCUCCUCGCUCCCCUCCGCUCACCCCAAAUCCACCAGUGUUUCUGAAUGUUCGUGUCUGUGGUUGCACUCCUUCCUCCAGGAAGAAAAGAAACUCGCAUGUUUAAUGUGAACUUUCCCGUCCCCAUCUUGUUCUCCUAACUUAUUUAUAAAAGGACGAUUGCUGUAUUUUGAGUUUCAGCUCAAAACUUCUCUAAGGGGCAGCAGUUAAGGUGGGGCGUUGCCGCAGUGCCGGGGCCCAGCUGAGCUGGCCUCGAGAUGGAGUCCAUGACUGUGUCUCUUUCUGCCCUCCUCUUCCUCCUCCCUCACCACUCCCCAGGCCCAAGUCUCUUAGUGGCUUGGGCCUGGGGUGGGAAGGGGCCAGGGAGGACCAAGGGGAUGGUGUUGAGAAGAGGGAAGGUAUAUAGUGAUAUUUGAGUUCCUGCCGCCUGGGUAGGCCCCACAAGGCCUGGUCUGGGAGUGUACGGAAACAAAAAUAAUCUUCAGUGUAAAAUGUUUUGUGUAUUUCUCUGUGAAUCCGUGGGUCUGGUGUAGAGGGCCCAAAGCUUGUAAAUAUGGGGAUAGUCUGGGUCAGACCCAUCUCCUCCCCCCCUACCCAUUUCGCUUCCAAAACAUUUGUAGUGAGCGAGUGGAUACUGUGCUAAGUGUGAAAUCUGUCUCUGCCGGACCUGUCUCAGUGAUUCGCUUUUGAUAUUUGUUUGUAGCUUUCCUUGAAGUCAAAUAAAUGUUUCCCCUACUCCA